AUGGCGUUUUCGUUUGUUCACGUUGUCUGCCUUACAUCCUGCCUCAUAGUAAACAAUUUAGCAAAUGUCUAUCAGUGGGACGUGCUUCUCAAGGCAACCACUAAGAUGGAGCUUGAAGCAAACAGCAACAAACUUCGGUGUAUCGAAUCUUUGGGUGAACACUUGAACUAUACCAUUCAUAUUGCUUGGGAACAGUUCAAACAUGAGUUCGACCGCGUCUACUCAGAUGCAGAGGAAAGCUCGAAGCGCUUAAACGUAUUUUGCGAAACUUUCCUUUACGUAAGGAGACACAAUAAGGCAUACGAAGAGGGUGAAGUAUCGUUCAAAUUGGGAAUCAAUCAGUUUGCUGAUAGGGUAACGUUAAUUAGUAUGCCAUUAUUGUAUACCAACGAGGAGACGCGGCAUGCUUGUGGUGGCGAAACUGUUUCUCCAAAUAGCACGGAGUAUGUAUCUGUGUUUCGGAAGAUUUCAGCAGUUCCACCAAGGUCGAGAGAUUGGCGUAUCAAUGGCGCCGUCACACCAAUCAGAGCUCAAGGGUCGUGUGGUUCAUGCUGGGCCUUUGCCGCGGCUGCUGCAAUGGAGUCACACCACUUUUUGCACCGCAGAGUGCUUUACACACUGUCACCGCAACAGCUGAUUGACUGUAGCUUGACGGUUGGUAAUCGCGGAUGUAACGGUGGUAACGCACAGUUGGCCUUCAUAUACGUGCAACGUGGCGGUGGCAUCGAGCGUGAAGUUGACUAUCCUUACGUAUCAGACCGCACACUGCGACCAAAUCCAUUCUGCCGUCUGGAGGCACACAAAGUGGCUGUAAGGGUCAGGGGGGCCGUUGCCUUACCUUUGUAUGAUGAAGAUGCUCUAACACAAGCGGUUGGACUUUUUGGGCCUGUUACAAUCCUGGUGGACGGCAGCCCGCAAGAUUUCGUGAAGUAUAAAUAUGGCAUUUACAACAGUCGCUCGUGUGGGAAUCAAAGGUGGCAAUUGAACCAUGUAAUGGUUGUAGUCGGUUACGCGGAGGAAAAUGGUGUGCCGUACUGGAUCAUUAAAAACAGCUGGGGCAACAAUUGGGGAGAAGGCGGUUAUAUGCGCAUGAGGAAAGGAGUGCUGUCAAAUACCUUCGGAACAUUUCAUGAGGUUUAUGACUGGGAUGUGCUUCUCACGGCAAAAAAGUGGAGCGAUAUUAUUCCCAAAAACAGGCUGAGUUGCAUCGAGUCGUUAAACGAACAUUUGAACUAUACCGUACAUAUUGCAUGGGAGAAAUUCAAAACCGAGUUCAACCGAAACUCCAUCAAUUCUGAGGAACAACUGGAGCGGCUGAAUGCCUUUUGCCAGUCAUUUUUACAGGUUAGAGAAAACAACAUAGCUUACAACGAAGGUAGGGUAACAUUCAAAACCGGGAUCAAUCAAUUCAGUGACUGGCUUUCUAAGGAGCAAGAUCAUAUUUGUGGUGGACUGAUAAACAUUUCAGACAAUUCUGGUGCUAAAUUUAGGCGAAUUGCUUUACCCCCACCACAGUCAAUUGACUGGCGCACAAAAGGGGCUGUCACACCAGUCCGAUUUCAAGGAACUUGUGGUUCAUGUUGGUCGUUUGCCGCUGCAGGUGCUAUAGAAGGGCACUAUUUUAUACAAGAAAGAAUGCUUGUAACGUUGUCUACACAGCAGUUGGUAGAUUGCAGUUGGGACUAUAACAACAGAGGUUGCAAGGGUGGAAGUUCCCUUAAUUCCUUUAGAUAUGUGGAGGAAACUGGUGGUCUUGAACUUGAUCAAGACUAUCCCUACGUUUCGGAUAGGACAAACGAGCCAAAUCCCACUUGCAGGUUUGAUCGAACAAAAUGGAAGGUCCUGGUUUCGGGACAUGUGAUGUUGCCAUCUUUUGAUGAGGAGGCCUUGCUCCAAGCAGUUGGUUUCUUCGGUCCUGUCACGCUAUCGGUAGACACUACUCCAGUAAGCUUCAGAGCUUACCAGUAUGGUAUCUACGACGACCCGGCGUGCGGAACAACCUUACGCGAAGUCGACCAUGCGAUGCUAUUGGUAGGCUACGGCGAGGAAAGAGGAGUGCCCUACUGGCUGAUCAAAAACAGUUGGGGCGAUCAUUGGGGUGAGAAUGGGUAUAUGAGGUUGCGACGCGGGGUAAACAGGUGUGCUGUUGCAGCCUAUUCCGUCUAUCCAUUGGUGCAGUGA